AUACACACAUACCAUCUGAACUCAUGACACCCCACAUCACCGGAAAACCUUCCUCUCCGGCUAAAAAUGAAUUACAGCGGCUCCUCACCUACUCUCUCAGCUACAUUCGAACGUUCCGCCAGCAUCGAUCCCACGAAGCACGUAAGCUACGCUCCCGAGCCAACAGCUCCAACCAUCUCAUCUGUUCUUAACGGACACUCGGAACCUCAGUUGACCGCAACCAGUCAGCAUUGGGUGUCUCCGGUACAGUCAGAUGUACGUCCAAUAAUGAAGUCAACCAAUCAAAUUAGCGAUCGUGGGUUGAGUUCAACCAGUUUCAGUGGUAAAGCACCGGGGCUUUCAGGUGCUGGGCACAAUAUCAUGUCUGCGAAUGAAGUCACCAGCAAGGUUGCUAGUGAAGCAAAAGCGCCCACAAUGACCGAUGUUGCGGAACGAGAUCGGAGUAACAAGGGAGAAUCCGAUGAAGCUGAGGCGGAUAAUGAUGAUCAACAGGACCUUGUCGGGGUUAGUAUGGUUGGAAAGAAGUUCAAGCCGGUUAACCCGGAGGCAUACGAUGUGGAGGAUGAUGAUGAAUACUCCGUGUUAGAUGAUCCAUCUUACUGAUUUUAAUUUGUGUUAUUUGUUUGGUUUAAAUGUAAGAUCAAAAGAAAAUUCAUAUUUGUAUUUCCCUUUAUUUAUUGAAUAUCUUUCAUGAAUGUGUUUUAAGUUG